UGGCAAUUCAGUUGCCAAACAAAACGCGAUCGGCUAACAACCACGUACCGCUCGGUCCUAACCUUAGCUUUACCGUUACGCCAGUGAUUUAGCACUACACCCAAAUCUGAACAACCAUGGCUAAGUUGAGUGCCCUGCUGCUGCCCCUCAUUUUGUUUAUCGUCGCCUUUGUGGCACACACAUCUUUUGCCACAGUGCAGCCAAAGGCCCCGAACUUCCAAUACUUCGAAAGGCCCAAAUACCGUUAUCCCUACUACGAUGAGCACGGGCGCGGAAAACUUCUCUAUGGCUACGGCGGACCGGAAUUGUAUCAAUACAAGACCUACACGCCUUUGGAGGGCAUACACUAGGCUUAACUACGAUUAGAUGCAAUGUAGCUCGUAAUUGAUGUAUUCUAUUUGCUGCUUUAUUUAAAUUAAACCUUUAUUUCUUAACCCAA